GCCCAGCCCAGCGAGGUGACAGCCGCGCUCGGACAAGGAGCCCGGCCCGACGCUGCCAUGAGCGCCGCGCUCUUUAGCCUGGACGGCCCGGCGCGCGGCGCGCCCUGGCCCGCGGAGUCCGCACCCUUUUACGAGCCGGGUCGGGCGGGCAAGCCGGGCCGCGGGAGCGAGCCGGGAAGCCUGUCCGAGCCAGGCGCCGCUGCCCCUGCCAUGUACGACGACGAGAGCGCCAUCGACUUUAGCGCCUACAUCGACUCCAUGGCCGCCGUGCCCACCCUGGAGCUGUGCCACGACGAGCUCUUCGCCGACCUCUUCAACAGCAACCACAAGGCGGGCGCGGCAGGCGCCUCUGCCAGCGCCCUGGAGCUGCUGCCCGGCGCCCUCGCGCGUGCCCACGGCCCGGGCACAGCUGCCCCGCGUCCGCUCAAGCGCGAGCCCGACUGGGGAGACGGCGACGCGCCCGGCUCGCUGCUGCCGGCGCAGGUGGCCGCGUGCGCGCAGACCGUGGUGAGCCUGGCGGCGGCCGCACAACCCACACCACCCACGUCCCCCGAGCCGCCGCGCUCCAGCCCCGGGCCGAGCCCUGCUCCUGGCCCGGCCCGGGAGAAGAGUGCGGGGAAGAGGGGCCCGGACCGCGGCAGUCCGGAGUACCGGCAGCGGCGCGAGCGCAACAACAUCGCGGUGCGCAAGAGCCGCGACAAGGCCAAGCGGCGCAACCAGGAGAUGCAGCAGAAACUGGUGGAGCUGUCGGCCGAAAACGAGAAGCUGCACCAGCGCGUGGAGCAGCUAACGCGGGACCUGGCCGGCCUCCGGCAGUUCUUCAAGCAGCUGCCCAGCUCGCCCUUCCUGCCGGCCGCUGGGGCCGCCGACUGCCGGUAACGCGCGCCCCGGGGGCGGGAGAGACUCAACCAACGACCGAUACCUCAGACCCGACCGGCCAGGGAGCGGAGUGCGCCCCGCCCGGACGCCGCGAGAGCCGCUCGGCGCCGGCUGCAGUUUCUUUGGGACGCGCGAACGAAGGAACCUACAGCCUGGACUUAACCACCACUGAACUUCGAGAGAAGCUAUACGUGUUUAUUUUUCCUUAAAUUAUUUUUAUAAUGGUAGCUUUUCUACAUCUUAUUCCUAUUGAUGCAGCUAAGGUACAUUUGUAAGAAAAAAGACUUUUCAGACAAAUCCUUUGUAUUGUAGAUAAGAGGAAAAGACUGAGCAUGCUCACUUUUUUUAUAUUAAUUUUUACAGUAUUUGUAAGAAUAAAGAAGCAUUUAAAACCACCCGA